AUGUGUCUCCUGCAGGAGCCCAAGGCCCACGGCCGGGCCGAAUCGCCCGUGACAGGCCUCGGGAUCGGCCCUGUCCACAAGAAGAAACUCAAGGAUUGUGCCUUCGCCCAGCAGCAGCUGACCGGCUGGACCCUGGGCUUUCAGGCGCUGCUCCCGUCAGCGUGGGAGCACCUCGGAAGGGAAGGGGCUGGGCCGACGGGCAGGAGCCCAGGGGCUCGCGUUCCACCCGUUCCGGCGGCGGAGGGUGCAGGUGCACAGGCGCAAGGGGCCAGCGAGGACUGCGGCCCCGGGAGGCGCCGCCGGUCGCUGCUGCUGGCUGUCCCCGGCCCACCCCCGGCCCUGCAGAUCAGAGUUGGAAAAGCAGACCCUCCGGUACUGUGGGAGGUGUUCGCAGUCCAGCUGGGAAACCGCCCGCCCGAGCUAGGGAGCCAGUGUGACGGUCAAAGCGCCCUAAAGAAUUCUGGCGGUGCGUCGUCCGGAGAAAAGCAGGCCUGGGCGCUAAGGCCACGCAGAAGGGCCAGGCGGCUGGAGCCGGCUGUGAGCGGGGUCGGGAAUGUGGAAACCCACAGACCUGAACUUGGUCACUGUUAUGUCUUUGUGUUCCUCAAGGUUUCCCUCAUUCCGUUCAUGAAGUUGGGAGAUGACUGGAGUGACGUCAUCCAUAGAACGAUCUUCAUUUCUCUCACUGGACCUGGAGUUGUGGGGAACUUCCUUGUGCUUGUGAGAUAUGUACAUACUUCAGUCAUGGGUCCUGAGAAAAAACCCAUAAACCUGAUCCUCAUCCACUUGGCUGUUUCAAACAUACUCAUUAUUUGCACCACAGGGGUCAGAGACAUAACCACCAUCAUUUAUUUAAGUCACUUCCUAGGUGAUGUUGGUUGCAAAGCUGUGAUUUACCUGAACAGGGUGGCUCGGAGCCUCUCCAUCUGCACCACCUGCCUCCUCAGUGUAGUCCAGGCCGUCACCAUCAGUCCCAGGACCACCUGCUGGAGAAAGCUCAAACCACACAGUGCCUGGCAGCUUCUUCCCUACCUCCUCCUCUUCUGGGUCUUUAGUCUUCUCAUAAGCUCUAACCUGCUCCACUACAUCACAGCAGUCAACAGCGUGAACGGGUCUGGAGUUAGAACGUAUGUUAGGUAUUGCUACAUGCUGCCAGCUGGGCGAAUAGUCAGGUGGCUUUUCCUCUCCCUCAUGGCCCUUCGGGACCUCACCUUUCAGAGUGGCAUGGGCUGGAGCAGUGGGCACAUGGCUCUCCAUCUGUACAAACAUCACAAGCGCGUCCUCUACCUCCAGAGCUCCAGGACUGCAAAACAUCCCAGCCCUGAGGUCAGAGCUACUCAGAGCACUCUGGUUCUCAUGACCUGUUUCCUCUUCUCCUAUUGGACAGACUUCAUUUUCUCUUUCUACUUAGGGUCCUCCUUGACUGGGGAUUCUACCAUGUUACAUAUUAAAAUAUUUAUAGAACUAGGUUACGCCUGUCUCAGUCCCUUUGUGCUGACCAGCAGGGAUGUUCACUUUGCUGAAUGCUGGAGAGCUCGCUGA